CGCAUCAGCCAGAAACGCGGAAGCGUUUCAACACAGCACCGGGGGGAGGUUAGGGGGCGUGGCCUCGCCGCUGGCUGUGGCGGAGCAGGAAGUGAAGGUGAGACAGACGAAGAAGACAGGCACCUUUCAAUUGUUUGCCAACCGCCAGUACAACUGUAAGAAAGAAAGAAAGAAAGAAAAAGAAAGAAGACGGAGGAGAGCGACGAGCGCCUGCACAGGGUGUGGAGGAUGUGAGUUGUGCCUGAACACUUCAACCUGCUAAUCAGAUCCAGCCAGUAAACGCUGCGUUCUGUGCAGACACAGAGGAGUCGGGCUGGUUUUAUUAGACUUGCUGGAUCAGAAGCCAAGUGCUGGACGCGGUCUCGGUGGUUGAUGUGGUCCUGAUCUGGACCGAGAGACCUGCGAGGAUCGGACCCGUCCCGGUCUGAAAGAUGGCCGUGCUCCACACAAAAGCUGUGACUGUGAUCCUGUCUGUCACUGUGCUGCUGGGGCUGCUGUACUUGUCCCAGUACUACAGAGUCUCGCUGUCCUUUGAGGAGAAGUGGAAGACAGUGGAGGCGGGAUCUGCCGUUGAAACCACCACGUUCAGUCAGCCUGGUAUUGAUCUCCACCUGGAGUCUCCUGAGCAUCUGAAGUACAACCAGCCCAGCAUCGUGCACGGUCGUACUGACGUGGUGACGGUGACGCCGUGGUUGGCUCCGGUGGUCUGGGAGGGAACCUUCAACCCGUUUCUCUUGGACAGCAUCUACAAAAGGAAGAACAUCACCAUUGCUGCCACAGUCUUCGCUGUCGGAAAGUACAUCAUGUUCCUGAAGGACUUUCUGCAGACGUCUGAGGAGCACUUCUUCGUUGGCUUCAGGGUGGACUUUUACGUGUUCACUGAUCGCCCUAACGAGGUGCCCAAAGUGAACAUGGCGGCCGGCAGAAUGCUGACGGUGCGCUCGGUGCCCAGCUCAAACCGCUGGCAGGAGAUCUCAGCUCGCAGGAUGGAGAUCAUCCAGAACCUGAUCGAGAAGAAGCUUCAGAACCGCGCCGACUACAUCUUCUGUCUGGACGUCGACUCAAAGUUCCACGGUCGCUGGGGGGCCGAGUCGCUGGGAGGACUUGUGGCCGUGAUCCAUCCAGGUUACUACAGAGAUGACCGCAGCAGGUUCCCCUACGAGCGGAGUCCUGCGUCCAACGCCUACGUGGCUCCCGGGGAGGGGGACUUCUACUACUGUGGAGGGGCGUUCGGGGGGUUGGUGGAAGAAGUUCACCUGCUCGCCAAAACCUGCCGCAAGAACUUUGAGGACGACGCCAAGAGGGGCAUCGAGGCAGCUUGGCAGGAGGAGAGUCACCUGAACAGGUAUAUGUGGAUCAACAAACCCAGCAAGGUGCUGUCACCUGAGUACCUAUGGCAGGACUUCAAACCCAAAAACCCAGAGGUCCAAAUCAUCAGGUUCUCCGGCGUCAUCAAGAACUACGCCAACAUCCGACCCAACUGAACCAGACCAAACUGGACUGAACUGGGUGAAAUGAGCCAGUGUGUGUCUGACUUUGGGAAAGGCCUCGCGCAUCUGACCUUCACCCAUAAUCCUUCUCAGGAAUCAUUUUUAACCCCACCCCCAGACCUGCUGGAUUACCUCUGCUGAGCAUGUGCAGUUUGUAAACAAUUUAUGCUGUUGAGUCAUAGAAAUGUCCCGCUCUCAGCCCCCCUGAGGUCUUUGAUCAAAUUCAUGGAGCUGCCUCUAGUUCCCCCGAUUCUGAGUUUCUUUGUGUUUCCUGAUGUUUGUGUUUGAUUUUUUUUAUAACUUUUCCUACACGUGGAGCCGACAGGAGGCUCAGCUUCAACUGUCCAGGUAAACUUUGGGCUGUUAGGUGUGGGUUUGCUGCUUGUGUUUGACUGCAAAACUGUGAUGUACCUGCAUGUUUUUACCCACAAUGCAUUUUUCUAGCCUGACCGAGAGUCUCUUGGUGUGAGAAAGUGAAGGUGCACACCUCAGUGUGCUUCUCGUCCUGACUCGCUCACCAUCUCAGGUAGUCUGUGUGACUUUUAGCUUACCUGAAGGACCAAGUGGACGCUGAAGUGUUCGUUGCCCAUUCACAAGUCACAAGAACCACCAGACAUGCACACCGGGACCACCUGAGGGUCUUCACGCUAACGAUGCUCGAGGUCCCGUUAACAGUUAGUAACCUGUGGGCUGUGAUGGGUGGCGAGCCACAGGAGAAAGGUUUAGGGUCAUGUGACAACACCGGGCAAUACAUAGGGGUAGUAAAUGUAGGCACGUGACAGUUUCAAAGCUUUUAUUUUGAAACGUGAACAUGUUGCUGUGGGGCAGGGAUCGUUCUUGGGUGCCUUUUAGCUCAGGUGCACAAACACACCUGCAGCAGGUGUGCCAGUCUGAAACGGGUCUCUGCAACAUUUGACCUUCAUUUCCUCUGUUGUGCUGUACAUUAAGGUCCUGCGUGAUAUUCUCUGUGAGGGAAGCUGCUUCAGUUUAUUCAAAAUAA